AUGACACUAUACACUAUAUUCUCCGCCUUUGCACUUCUUUCACCUCCUGCGAGCGCUCUGCCAAACACUCUGUUUGCUCUCCAAACCAUUACGACAGAAACAUGGCAGAUUCCUCGUCUGGACAUGCAUAUGAUGAGCAUCGGCACUGGUAUUCCGGGUAACCCACCUUGGCCUGAAGAUUCAAAGUUCGAUUCUACCAUUGACUUUGACGUGAUGGUUCCAGCUGCGACAGGACUGGCAAAGUGGAAUUGUCAGGGUGCUAUGGCAAAUAGUACUAUCACGGAGCGGCUGAUCGAUUGUGUAAGAUAUGAGGAAGACGGAGAAGGCGGCUUGAUGUUUGGGAUGCAGAAGUAUGAUGGUCUUGGAGAACGAAGGGCUGAGUUAAGCUUUUCGCUGUGGCUGUACAGGAACAGACAAGACGGUGACCUGCUUGUCCCGACGUUCUCAGGCCACACAGCUAUCACAGCAAACGACGCGAAGGAACCAACCAGUUAUCUUACGUGUCUUCAGGGUAAACCGUACGACGGAUUGAGAUGUAAGAUCAAGAGCUAUCUGAGUGUAAACAAAGAGCUUGUCAUUGAAGGGUUAGCUGCCUAA